GCGUGACAUCGUCUACUGUAUAAUUAAGUUACAAAAGUAAAUAAUUGAUUUUAAUUUUUUUCACAUUUUGAAAGCUAAAUAGAUGCCAUAACUUUAUAACUUUUAUUGUAUUAAAACCUUAAAUUUAUAAUAUAGGCUGUUACCACGUUUUGAAAUAAAUAAGGAAUUCAGAAUAAAUGAAGGUUUGGAGUACAAUGCGACAUGGACAACACUAUGAAGGCUUGACAGGAUAUGAGCUAGAAAGAACAGUCAAGAGAGCAACCGUCACGGAAGUUGGAUAACCCAGUGGUAUGUGAAGUGCCGUUAAACGGUCAAAUCGCCUACAAAAAGGAAACAGUGUUUUUACAAAAUUGAAAUAUAAAACUUAAGUUUGAAGAACAUGGAAAUUUGAACAAAUAAACAAAUUUAAACCAAAAUUGAAAUGUAAAUGAGGGGUAAAGCUGAAGCACAAACUACUUUGUCGUGACAUUGACCAACUAAAUGGCGCUUCUUUACGAAAAGGUUGUAAGCACUGUGAGUAAGAACCCCAGUGAAAGGACGGACGCGGAGAUAGAAGGAAUAUUGCCUUGGUUUCGGAAGAAGUCGGAGCUUUUCAAGUCGCAGAAAGCAGAAAUCGUCAAAGAUAUUCUAAAGAAUUGUCAGUUUAUGACCUGCAAAAGAGAUUUUGUCAUAAUUAAACAAGGCGAACAAGGAGACUGUUUUUUUAUCAUCCUCAAUGGGUCUGUAGCAAUUCUUAUCCACACACACCUUGGGGAAGAAGGAAUUCCUUAUCAUCCCGUCCCUGAAGAUGACGACGACACCGACAGUAUUUCCGUCGGCAGUAAACAGAAGAAGGAGCUGGAUAGAUCUAUAUUUGGAAACUUUGUCGGAAAGAUUCCGGCAGGAAGGAGUUUUGGAGAACUUGCCUUGAUAAAUGCCGACUGUGUUCGGAACGCUUCAAUUAUUGCCGACGAAGUAACAGAUUUAAUCGUGGUCAACAGAGAGCUGUAUAACCGCUCACUCAAGGGUGACCCAUCAAAAAGUUGA